CGGCUCCCUCCUCCCGCUCGGCCUGCACCGCGCUCAGGUCGCGAGCCUGUUUGGACCUGCGGCUUCGCUCAUCCCCGCUCGCAGCCUCGCGCUCAGCCCUGGGAAGCGGAGUCUGCACCCUGAAACUCGGUGGCUGGAGCCGGCGGACUGGGCAUGCUCAGAAGCCAAGGCUGGCUUUGGGCUCAAGUAGGAAGCUUUUGCACUCGGGAGGCAGCGGCGACUUUGGGGAAAGUUGAUCGGAGAGGGCAGCGAGCUCCAAGACGCGGAGCAGCGGCAGGAAGGAGCCCCCGGCACCCCGGAGGAGCAUGGGCACCCUGCGGGAUUUACAGUACGCGCUCCAGGAGAAGAUCGAGGAGCUGAGGCAGCGGGAUGCUCUCAUCGACGAGCUGGAGCUAGAGUUGGAUCAGAAGGACGAACUGAUCCAGAAGCUGCAGAACGAGCUAGACAAGUACCGCUCGGUGAUCCGGCCGGCCACCCAGCAGGCGCAGAAGCAGAGCGCCGGCACCUUGCAGGGCGAGCCCCGCACCAAGCGGCAGGCGAUCUCCGCGGAGCCCACCGCCUUCGACAUCCAGGAUCUCAGCCACGUGACCCUGCCCUUCUACCCCAAGAGCCCGCAGUCCAAGGAUCUUAUAAAGGAAGCUAUCCUUGACAAUGACUUUAUGAAGAACUUGGAGCUGUCACAGAUCCAGGAGAUUGUGGAUUGUAUGUACCCAGUGGAAUAUGGCAAAGACAGCUGCAUCAUUAAGGAAGGAGAUGUGGGGUCACUGGUGUAUGUCAUGGAAGAUGGGAAGGUUGAAGUGACCAAAGAAGGCGUGAAGCUGUGCACCAUGGGUCCCGGGAAAGUGUUUGGAGAGCUGGCCAUCUUGUACAACUGCACCCGGACGGCGACCGUCAAGACUUUGGUAAAUGUGAAACUCUGGGCCAUUGAUCGACAAUGUUUUCAAACAAUAAUGAUGCGGACAGGACUCAUCAAGCAUACCGAGUACAUGGAAUUUUUAAAAAGCGUUCCAACAUUCCAGAGCCUUCCUGAAGAGAUACUUAGCAAGCUCGCAGAUGUCCUUGAAGAGACCCACUAUGAAAAUGGAGAAUACAUUAUCAGGCAAGGUGCAAGAGGAGACACCUUCUUUAUCAUCAGCAAAGGAACGGUAAAUGUCACUCGCGAAGAGUCACCAAGUGAAGACCCUAUCUUUCUCAGAACUUUAGGAAAAGGAGACUGGUUUGGAGAGAAAGCCUUGCAGGGGGAAGAUGUGAGGACAGCAAAUGUAAUUGCUGCAGAAGCCGUGACCUGCCUUGUGAUUGACAGAGACUCUUUCAAGCAUUUGAUCGGAGGACUGGAUGAUGUUUCUAAUAAAGCAUAUGAGGAUGCAGAAGCUAAAGCCAAAUAUGAAGCUGAAGCUGCUUUCUUCGCCAACCUGAAGCUGUCUGAUUUCAACAUCAUUGACACCCUUGGAGUUGGAGGUUUUGGACGAGUAGAACUGGUCCAGUUGAAAAGUGAAGAAUCCAAAACUUUUGCAAUGAAGAUUCUCAAGAAACGUCAUAUUGUGGAUACAAGACAGCAGGAGCACAUUCGCUCUGAGAAGCAGAUCAUGCAGGGAGCUCAUUCCGACUUCAUAGUGAGACUAUACAGAACAUUUAAGGACAGCAAAUAUUUGUAUAUGUUGAUGGAAGCUUGUCUUGGUGGAGAACUCUGGACCAUUCUCAGGGAUAGAGGUUCAUUUGAAGAUUCAACAACGAGAUUUUACACAGCAUGUGUGGUAGAAGCUUUUGCCUAUCUCCAUUCCAAAGGAAUCAUUUAUAGGGACCUCAAGCCAGAAAAUCUCAUCUUAGAUCAUCGAGGUUAUGCCAAACUGGUUGAUUUUGGCUUUGCAAAGAAAAUAGGAUUUGGAAAGAAAACAUGGACUUUUUGUGGGACUCCAGAGUAUGUAGCCCCAGAGAUCAUCCUAAACAAAGGCCACGACAUUUCAGCAGACUACUGGUCACUGGGAAUUCUAAUGUAUGAACUUCUGACUGGCAGCCCACCUUUCUCAGGCCCAGAUCCUAUGAAAACCUAUAACAUCAUACUGAGGGGGAUUGACAUGAUCGAAUUUCCAAAGAAGAUUGCUAAAAAUGCUGCUAAUUUAAUUAAAAAACUAUGCAGGGACAAUCCAUCAGAGAGGUUAGGAAAUUUGAAAAAUGGAGUGAAAGACAUUCAAAAGCACAAAUGGUUUGAAGGCUUUAACUGGGAAGGCUUAAGAAAAGGCACCUUGACACCUCCCAUAAUACCAAGUGUUGCAUCUCCCACAGACACAAGCAAUUUUGACAGUUUCCCUGAAGACAAUGAUGAACCUCCACCUGAUGACAACUCAGGAUGGGACAUAGACUUCUAAUGUAUUUCUCUUACCUGCUUCUGCCUUGCUGAAGACAGCUUUUUCUGAGACACAGCUGCCAGCAAACUUGAGGGAAAGAGAGAAGAUUAGUGCUCGGGGUCACCAUGAUGCCUUUGAUCGAUGCUGCUCCAGUAACUACAGUGGCAUUAGGACUUAUGCUUAGAUGAUAGUAGUGCUCUUUCCAUGUUUUCUGUUUGAUUCUUAAAUAACAGUUGACAUGGUGGUCCUGAAGCAAAGCCUUUCACCUGUAAAGAGGUGUUUUCUAUUAUUGCAACAAUCUUGCUUUGCUGUGAUUGUAAUUUGAAGUCUGUAAGAAACAUGUCAACCUGGUAAGAGUCUGUACCUUGCUAGAAUUUUUGAGAUGAUGAAAGAAUAAUAUAUUGGGUACUAUAGAUUACUAUGGUACGGUACCUGGGCUAAUCCUUUUCUUCAAGUGAAGGCUGUGGGAUCACUUCCUGCAAGCUGGUGUAUAUACCACACAAAAGAGGACCACACAUCUGUGGGCUACAGAGUUCAUGUCAAAUCAGUGCUAGAAAUUUCAUGAUUUUAUUUCCCAGCAGUGCUGAUGACAAGACUGAAUGUUACCUUUUCUUUCAGACAGAUUUUAAAAAUUGAUACGAUAAAAGCACAACUGCUAUGGAUUCUGCUGAGAACUCUCAUAGCAGGUAUAUAUGCAUUUUCACAAAAGAUUGAAAAAAUGCAUGAAAUUUUUUUCUUUUAAUAAAUUGGCAUGACAGAGUGGAGAAAAAGGCAAUUCACAAAACUAUUUCAUAUUUUUUAAAAGGUACUGUUCUUAAAGAUGGUCCUGGAGAUAAGUGACUAGCAGCCAAUUGGUUUUAUUUAUUACCUAAUAUGCCCUCAAACUGAGACUUAAAAUAUUCCCUUUUAUAAAAAUAAACCCUUGGGAUGAGGGUAGGGUAGGGUAGGAUAGGAGGGAAAAAGACCCAUCAAAGAAAAGUAAAAUGAAAACACUAUAUAGGUGCUAUGUAUAUCUUUCAUCUGUAAUGUCAAUGUCUGAAUGAACACACAAAUUCUAAUCAUUAUAUGUCUAGCCAGAUGCAAGCAUCUUCACUAAAUUUAUUAAGCCAAGCUCAUGUCAGAUUUCACUUACACAACAUAAUCUAGAUUUGAGAGGAAAAGGUGAUUACAUAUAGCUUUUGUCUUAGGUCUGAACCACAGAGAGAGAGAGAGAGAGAGAGAGAGAGAGAGAGAGAAGAGGGAGUGAGAGAGGGAGAGAGAGCGAAAGAGAGAGAGAGGCGAAGUAAGAAAGCACAAGGUCAAAAUUCCUAAGAUGUACUAGACCAGGAACCUUACUUGUCUGAGGUCAGAGAACAAGAAAAGAAGCUGAUCACUGGCUGAUUACUUUUUUUCUUGAGUAAGCUCAGGCAUUCAUCAAAGUAGGAAGGAAUAGAUUAGAGAGAAAAACAGGAAUCUGAUUUCUUAAAAAUAAAGUUUAGAUAAAUAGAAGAGAAACAUUACAAUCUUGCAAUUUCACUUGUACGGCAAGACUGGAUUUGAAUACUUCAAACUGAUUUUCUUUCUUGUCCUAGGGAAAAGAAUGUGCAAAUGAAAUCAGAGCUACUCUUGGCAGGCCAGGAGACCGCAAUUAGCUGUCAUAAGUUACAGAGCCUUUGGGGAAGCUUUUCCUGGACAGAUAGCUUUGUACCCAUGCAGAUCAAUGUGUAACCUUCCAGCUGCCCUUCUGACUUGGAGUUUUAUGUAAAUUUGGUAUAAUAAAUACAGAUUUGCUUUUAUCUAAUAGUGUUUUUAAAACCAGUCUAAUAUACAUGUUACCACAAAACUAUGUCUGAUUAGAUCAUAAUAUUAUAGCCAAGAAAGCAUAUAUUAUGAAUUUUAACUUUUCAUACUCAAAACAACUGAUACAAGAAUAGAAUAUUCUAAAAUGAUUUGGAGGAUAAAACUACUGAAGGUAUAUGAUAUAUAAUUUUAAAAGUUCAAUUAAAACUUUGACCCUAAGAUACUAUUAUGAUUAUGUCUUCAGAGUUUUCCCUCUUAGAAACAAUUUCUCAAAAUCAAACUAUUUGCCGAGAUAUCUGUUUUCUGCUACAGCAUUUAAAAUAUAAAGUCAAACAUAUAAAAAUCUAGCUCUGAAUAUUAUUUCAGAAGUUUUAUAUUUCUUUUAAUUGGGCUUUCAAAUUACACAAUCCCACGUUAUCUUAUGUGUUCAAUAAUUUUCUUUGAAAAAUAGUGCGGUUUAGGCAUGCUAAAGGCUUGCUAGAAUAAUGAGAAAAUGUAUGUGCUCUUACAAUUACUGAAAUAUCCACCAAGCCCCUGAAAUAAGCACUUCCUAUGGAUUUUGGCACUAUGGUUCAAGUCUAAGACAAUUCACAAGUUGUAUCAGUUCUGUGGAGAAGGAAGAAGUAGCAUUCAGCACAACGUAACUAUAGACAUUUUUUCCACUGGUAACUGCGCCUUUCUUUGUUCAUUUCAUCUGCACCUUUGCAUUGGGAUGUCUAAAGCAAUCACCAAAAAGUAAAGGUGAACUAUAUCUUCUGAGAAUCACUUACUGAUAACAUUCAUCUGGUUUUCAACAAUUUUAAGGAAUUAAAUCUUGUCUUAAUGAAGACACUAGGGCUACAAUUCAUGAUCGACUUCAUAAAGUUCAUCUCACCUUAUUUCUGAAUUAUUCAUGGCCCCUCUUUGUUUUAUUAAAGAACACCUGGAUCAGUGGGAAGAGUGCCAACCUGUUUGAUUUGUUAACUGACUUUCUUGUUAAUACUUUGAGUUUGGGAAAUAAGGGCUUUCUGUGUGUCUUAACUCACAGAAAAACAGAAAACUAUAAAGGAAAGGAGCAUGUCAUAUUUAAGAUAAAUUGAACUCAUUAGAGAAAAUGAUUUCUGGAAAAUUGUUAUAAUUGAUUUUUAUGUUUGUUACUGUCUUUGUUAUUAAGAUAUGAAUCAGAUCCAUGCAUCAUUUAAAACAAAUUUAUUUUGAUUAUAUUCAUUAUGAGUCAUAUAUUUGCUUAAAAUCAUGGAACAUACAUGUGAAUUGCACAUGUAUAAUAAUAAUGAACUCAACUAAUAAACUUUUCUUGUUUCAUUUCUGAAUGACUAAAUUGAUGAUGAAUUUAAACUUAAAGAAGUCAGCUACCAUAUUAAACACAAAGGAUAUUAGAACUGAUAUGGUACAAGAGAGGUGAUCUGUGCAUUAUCCAUAACAAUGUUUUAUUUCACAAUAGGACCACAGACAAAUAUUUAUGUAAAUAGAUAUUUUUGUGUGAAAUUUUGUGGUACAUAUAACCUUUUUUAGUGUUUCACAGCAUUAUUAUUUCAUUUUAUCUGUAUUGAGUAAUGUUUUUAGGUCCAAGUAGACUUGAAUUAAUGUCAUAAUUGUCAGUAUUAUUGAAAAUUAUGUCAACAGUACUGUUAUUCAUCAGUCCUAUAGUUUAGAACAUGACCUGGCUAUCUGGCAUUGUUGCAAGUGCCUUAAAUUCAUGGCAUCUUAUUAAAAAGACAAAUUUGGUGUUAUGCUGCAUGACAAAGACAAACACACCUCAAAAUGUUGUCCUUUCUUAGCUUGCUGCGUUUUACAGUUCUUUCUGCUAACAAUUUAUAAGCCUUUAUUAUAUAAUAUUGAUCAAUUACAGAAAUGAUGAAGUUGUUCUCUUAUUUCUGUUAAAUGUACCAGAGCUGUGUAUCUGUUAAUGAGAUACAGCAUCAUUUCUGUGAAAUGUAUAAAUGUAUGUGCAGGUCAAAUUAAUAUAUGACAUACUAUCAGUCUGUAUACAGGUAUUCCUGUUUUGCUAAUCUGUGCAGAUUCAAUUUUAAAAAAUUAGUGCAGUCAAAUUCUCAUUUUACAGACUCCAUUAACAGUGGUCCAACUCAAAAGCAAAAUUGGAAGUGACUGCUAAUCACACCUCAUUACGAAACCAAUGAUGAAAAAGUACCUUGGUGCACCAUUGAACAAAACAGGAUGCUUUCUCGGAGUUCUUGUAUAUGCAAAUCAUUUAUAAGGCAAGUUUUCCACAGAACUAGAAAGCAAAACAUUAAAACUGCGUUGUUUGCCCUCCUCUUUAUCUGCCCCUACAUCAACAGAUAGAGCUCUGGGACCUUGGCAAUGACUCAGAAGUUUGGACUUUCUGAGUAAAGAGACAUCUCUGUAAGCAUCAUCUAUCCAAUUUAUUUCAAUGUAUGAUGUUUUUACAACUGGUCAGUUCUUUUGUAUUCUUAAAGCUAUGGUUAUUUGAUUGUCCUCUUACAAUUUGUUCUACAUGAAAGAGUCCUUUGUUAGUCAGAAUGCAACAAACUGUCGUCCAGUGGUCAUUGACUACUUGCACUCUUUUGAUGUAGAUUAAAAACUUUUUCAUAAACUUAACCUGCUUUGAUUUGCUCUGUAUUUUUCCUGCAGCUGUAAUUGCUGAGUGCCUGUUGU